UUUCGUUUAUUUACCAGUGUAACUGAGUGCUUGAGACACGUUCGACUUGACUGCGUCUGGUAAAACAAGCCAUCAUGUCACAAAUGGAGAAUGCAAAGGUGGAGCAAUCCGGUGGAGGUGACAAGAUCACUUUGGUACUGCUGGGGAAGAACAGCAACGAUAAGACUAUGAUAGGGAAUGCUGUCCUAAAGGCGAACCAUUUCAAAGCCGGAAACGACACGUGUGCAAGAGCUGAAGAAAGAGUAGAUGAGCAGAUGUUCUGUAUCAUCAACACUCCAGGCGUCUUCCACAGAGAAACAGACAAUAUAGAGGAAAUAAAGCUCCGAUAUCCAGGGCCACGUGCUUUUCUUCUGGUUCUGCAGAACAAGCAGCUCUCACCAGAAGAGUUGGAGAUGUUCAGCUGGCUGAAAAUGAGAUUUGGAGAGAAAAUGUUGGAAAAUACAAUUGUAGUGCUAAUUGAUAGUCAGGAGAAAACAGCUGAAGAACUAUAUGGCCAAGCGGAUGAGAAUCUCAGAAAACUUCUAGAUGAGUGCGGACGGAGAAUUUGCGUUCAUGACAAGACAAAAGAUAACGAGCUGACCGUACAGGUGGUGAAAGAAUGGAAGAGAAUACAUGAUAAGCCGGUUAAAGAAUCGAGCAAAUCAGCACCUACUGAGGGGAUAUACGAGGAGAUUGAUACGGCAUACGUAAAAAUGAAGCAAAUAAAAGAAGUGCAAUGGAUGUCUGAAAACAGUAAAGCGAGUAGCACCCCGACAUCUGGAAGUGCGUGCGUGAUGACAGUGGUCCUGCUGGGAAAGAUAAGCAACAACAAGUGCCUUGUAGGGAACACAAUUUUUCAAAAAGACCAUUUCCGAUCAGAGAAGGUCACCUGUGAGAAGAUUGUAGAUAAUGUUGGUGGAGACCAGGUCUGCAUUAUCUACACUCCAGACAGGUUUCAUAAACCGAGCGCAUCGGAUCCAGAAGCUGAAGGUAUGGAGGAGCUGAAGCCAUCAUACGCAGGUCCUCGUGUGUUCCUCCUCAUACUUCAGGACAGAAAGGCGUCACCAGAAGAAAUGGAGAUGUUUACUGAAUUAAAGAAAAAGCUUGGACCGAAAAUGGUUGAACAAACAAUUGUGCUGGUUAAAGAUAAAAAGGCAUCUUCAAAUUCCAUGGACAUGCCGUUGUCAUUCAGAAAGGAGCACGAGAUAAUCCUGAAUGAGUGUGGAAACAGACAGUGUGUUUACAGCAAACAGACGAAGAAUAACGAACUAAUCAAAGAACUGAUGAAAUACAAAGAAAGCAAGAAUCAAAGACCAGAAACUGAGAGAGUAAGGUGGACGCAUGAUAAAAUGUUGACUCCAAACCAACCAGAUAAGACUCAUCCACAAAAACCUUUGACCAUCGUGCUGCUGGGACAGACCGGAUGUGGGAAGAGUGCUACAGGAAACACCAUCCUAAGAAAGCAACGCUUUGAAUCGCAUGCCAGUUCUGUGCCAGUAACGAAGGAGUGCAAGAUGGCAGAAGAAACCGUCUACGAAAAGAGGAUUAGGGUUAUAGACACCCCAGAUUUCUUUAGCGAAGACCUUAAAAACCAGAAGGAACAGAUAAUGAAGUGCAAAGAGCUCGCUCAGCCAGGGCCCGACGCGUAUUUGCUGGUGAUGCAGCUCGGUCGUUUCACGGAGGGCGAGAGAGAGGUUCUCCCACACCUGAAGAGAGAGUUUGGUGAGGACGUGAUUUUAAAGACUGUGAUCCUUUUCACGGGGAAAGAGAAGCUGAAGCACAAGACUUUAACCGAUUACAUCUAUGGCAGUGACGAAGAGCUUCAGGAACUUAUCAAAACCUGCCAUUCAAGAUGUUAUGCAUUUAACAACAACAACGAGAAAUGCAAUCAUCAGGUGAAAAAACUUCUGGAGAUAAUUUCUGACAUGCAGAACAGUGGCGUAGCAAGUCAUUACAGCUAUAAAAAGAAGCAUAAGGAUAUCAAAGAAUGUAGCAUCUUUUAAGACGGUGUGCACAAAAACAAUUGGGGAACAUUUUUAAUUUUGCUCAUUAUGGUUAAUCUACAGUUGGCUAGGUGAAAUCUUAAGGAUGCAUAUUUAAUUGUACCUGUGUUUACCAUAUUCUUCAGACAGCAGAUAUCUGGUGAUUUUACUAGGAAAAAUAUUUAAAUUAAUUAAAAUCAUUAAACCAUG